AUGAAUGAACCUUAAGCAGAAGGAGACCAAUUUUACAACACUUCGCCAAUUUCAUUUGAUGAUUUCAACAACCUGUCAUCAGUCAAUGAAUCUUCUGGUGAAUAAAGUAACUCUAAUUAGAUUAAUGGCUAGGCCAGUAACAAACAAGUAAAUUUCUCUGGUUAAUUCAAUCCUGUUUAGGAAUCAGUAAACAGAGAUGACUACUUUAUAAGAAAUAGUAAUUAGCAGAUAUUAUAAGAACAACACAUAAUUUAGUCGUAGCAAGGUUAACUUUUUGAUGAUGAGGAUUUCUUCUAGCAGCUAGAAGCAACAGACAAUCCUUAAUCCAACCAAUAAAUCAAUUUUUUGAAUGAGAAAAAAAGAUCUUCAAAUAAUAAUAUUAUGAAAGAAUAGACUUAAGAGAAGAUAUAAUAAAUAGAUAACAGACUAGUUAUUUAAUAAACAAAUAUUUGGAAUCCCAAUGAAAUAUUUGCUAAAAAACCUAGUCAAACAUAAAGAUAAGCUGAAGAUUUAAUCAAUCAAGAUUUUUAUGAAUAAGAGCAUUAAUAAUUAUCUAUUGACUCACAAGAGAGAACAGAAAAGUUUCAAUAAGAUUUAUAAUAAAGAAAGUUGCAUAGUGAAGCUGGCAGCAGCUAAGGAGAAAUCAAAUCGCAGUCCUCUAUUUAAAAUAUUUAAAACAGAAAAAUGAGUAAUUAAGAAUUGUUUUAACAAAAGAACAAGGUUGAUUAGCUUAACGAACUUGAAUAGUAAAUACAAAAAUUUCAAGAAAUUCAAUAAUAAAUUGAAAAAAAAAGGAAAAGCUCUUCUCUGAAAUCGUAAUCGCAAAUAUAAAUGAGCGAAACAGAUUCUCAAAAGAGCAAUCCCCAAAAUAUUCAUUAGCUCACUAACGAAUCAGAUAAAUCUAAAUAGCUGCAGCAGUUUUACAAAGAAAAUUCAAAUUAAAAGUAUUAAAAUUAAAAUCCACCUAAUUAACAGCAAUAAAUUAAUUAAAAAGAAUUACAGCAAUAAAUAAUACUGACCCAACAAAAUCAGUAAUCUUAGUAAAAUAAAUAAUAGGAGUUCGAAAAUCAAUAGUUAUUAUAAAUCUAAUAGUAAUAAUAAUAAUAAUUGGAGCUGCAGAAAUAGCAGUAAUUACAAAUUUAACAACAGCAUUAACAGUAGAAGCAAUUUUAAAUUUAAUAGCAGUAGUACUCAUAGCAAUAAUAAGUUAAUACUUAACAGCAAUAGCAAUAAAAUAUUUAACAAUAAUAACAACAAAAUAUAUAACCUGAAAAGGGACAGAAUUUUUAACAGCAACAAAAGUAUCUAUUAAGUAAUUAGCAGUAACUGUAGUAAUAGUAACUACAGUUGUAAUAACAACAACAAUAUUAAUAAUAGCUUUAAUAACAAUAAUCUUAAUUAUAGGUUUAAAGCAAUAGAUAGGAAAAGAAUGGAUUUAUUAAUGUAGAUUACAAUACCUUGUAAGUAAAUAAAUAAUAAAUUGAGAAUAAUACAUAGAAAUUUAAGAUGAAAUGGGAAAGCGUUUUAAGUGAUUCUAAAAUUAACAAUGACUUUAAAAAAUUCAGCAAUGGACAUUAAAGUAUUGAAAAAUAACUUAAGUACCUCGAGAAUUAGCAGAAUAUUUAUAAACAAUAACUUAUGAGUUAAUAAUAGCACGAGGAAGAAGAGAGGAAAUACUAUUCAAAGCAUGUAGAAGAGAUUUGUAAUUAGAUUGGAAUGGAUAGAUCUUAUUCACAGUCUCCUGAAAAAUAUGAUUAAAUUAAAUAAAAGUUAAUCUUUAAUCCAAACAAUAGCUAGAGCAACAAUAGCAGCGGUAACAAUUAAGCCAAUAAUAGCAGUGUAAAGAAAUAUAAUUAUAAGCAGAUCGAUAAGUAACAGUUACUUUUAGAUAAAGAAUCAAAUUAUAAUUACUAGAAAGAAGGGAAAUUUUAGUAGAUUUUGAGUGAAGGGAAAAGCGAUUCAAAACACUAAAAGAAUUUUACUUUCUCUCACAAUCAACCUACAGAUAAUGGACCUCUUUUUAUUGCCGAUAUUAAUAAUAAUUUGUUAAACAAUUAGUCUAAUUUGUCAAACAAUUUAUCAGGAAACAUUAAAAAUAUUUAAAAUAUUUCUUAGCAACCCAAUAUUAUCAUUGAGCAGAUUCCAAGCAGAGUGAUGAUGGAGAACAUAGAAAAAAUAGAUAACCAAUUCUCACUUAGCAAUGAGAAAUAAGACUUUAGUUAAUCUAAUUUUCUUCAGAACAAUGAUGACAAUAUCAUUUUAUUAUAAAACUCUGAUGUAGCUAAUUCAAAUAUAUAAUAUCAAAAUUAACAAGACCUUCAUUCUGCUAAUCUGAUGGCAACACAAUAAGAUUUAAAUUUAUUAUGUCCCCUUCAUCCAGAGGAAACUAAUAUAUUUUUUUGUGGCACUUGCAGAUAAUUUAAUAUCUGCUUGAUUUGUCUCCAUCAAGGACUUCAUCAAAAUCACUAUGUCUUAGAUCUUUAGCAAGAAAUUAAAAAUAUCAAUAAUUAGAACGUUAACAGCUUCUUUUUGCAUAAAAUAUGUAAUUUUGUUGCCUCAUUGAAAGAUAGAAAGAACUUGCUUAUCAAUAAGCAAGAUGUUAUUACUCAAAAACAAAAAAGGAUCAUGAAUCAAUAAGAUGAGAUUAUAUUAUUUGCUCAGAAUAAGCUAUAAGAAAUUCGAAGCAACGUCGAUAACUUUGAAAAGAAAAUCCACCAUGAUAUUAAUAAAAUAUUUACUCAUUGGUAUGAGGGAUUUUGUGCUGAUUAAGACAAACUUUAAGAACUUGUAGAUGAUUUGCAGAAUGAGUGCGACUAUUUUGAAUCUGCUUUUAGUAAAUUGCCAAGCUAAGCUGAAGGAGAUAAUUAACUUACCAUACCAGCUUCUAUUUAGAUAUAUGCAAAUAAUAUUGAUAAAAUCGAGGCAAUACUUUCAUAAGAAGAUAAUCCUGUUUAUAAAAAUUAGGAUCUGAAUGUUUCAUCUCUUGAAACCAAUAUAACAGAAAGAAAUAACUUAGAAUUAAGCACAAUAGUAGAAACUUUGAAUAACUUUUCGAGAAAAAUAUAAAAAACAUUAAAUAAGUUAGAAAAACCUAGCUACCUGGAUAGCCAAGCAGCUUAUAAUUAAAAGAGUUAAUUCGAAAGCCUUUAAAUUCAUAAUAGAAGUAAGUCUCCCAAACAGUUAGACACAUUUAGAAAGUCUCCUAUUUAAAUGUCUAAACAAACUACUUUGAAUAAAUUUAAUUAAAACAAUAUUCUCAGUGAAAGAGCUUCCAUUAUUUAAGAAUAAUUCUACAGUCAUCUUUAUCCAAGCCCUCUAUAGAAGUAACAGAAUAAUGAUAAUCAUUUUAGAUCUGAAUAUAAUGUCGAAGAGCAUUUUAGAAGCUUUUCGCCUACUAGAUUAGAAGCAGGAUAGAAUAACUCUUAGCAUUCCCUUUCUGUUAAUUCUAUGUUCGGAAAGAAUACACACAAUACAAAUAAUAAUUAAAAUAUAUUUUAAAGUACAUCUAUCCUCACUAAACAUAAUCAGAGCUAUAAAAACUUUGAAAAUCACAGCCAUAGAAAAAGUUUAUCUCAAAGAAAAAUAGAUGUUAACAAUAUCAGCCAAUAGAAUAAAAAUUAUGAAACGAUUUCGAGGAUAAAGAAAAAUUUAGAUUAAAUAACUCAUUCUCCUCUUUCUUCAUCAUAAAAUUCAUAAAAAAAAUUGCAACUUUUAUAAAACAGUAUUAUUUUUAACUAAAUGGCUGCUUCGAGUGCUAUUUCUUCUCAUAGUAACAUAAAUAUAAAAAAGAGUGAUAAAAAAUUAUAAAAUGACAGCAAAUUUAAUAGCAUUUAAUAAUUGUAGUAAAAAUCUAAUAAUAUCUCAAUACUUCCAGCUUCCAAUAGACAAAAUUUAAGAAAUAGAAAAAGUGAGAUAGACAUUACAACACUUAAAACAGGAUAUGAAGAUUUGAAAAAUUCAAACAAAUUCUUCAAUAACAUGAUUCCAUCAAGCACUUAAAGUUAAAUUCAGCGCAACUCACCAAAACGUAGCUUAAAAGUUGAAAACUAACUAGCAGCAACCCAUAGAAAUCUACAUAACUCACAACAAAAAACUAGCCUUUUUUCUGCUGAAUAACAAAACUCAUCUAAUAAAAUGAUGUCAAAUCUUAUAAAAUACAAAUAGCUUUAUAAUAUAGGAAAAAGGUCUUUCUUUGAUCAAAAUUCAAACGGAGGUGAUUCUUCAAAUAGUAAAAAUUUCUAAUGA